UGAUACUACCGAAAAUGCCCUUGUUCUUGUUUUUUGAAAAGCUCGCUCAAUUGUAAAAGAAAGAAAAGGCUUGUUUUUUCGGCGCAUAUGCCUGCCAUGCAGAGCAUGUAGCAGCGCAAGGACACUAUUAUGUCUAUGCGCACGUUAUUCCAACUUGCGUUCCCCCUUCGUCGUCGUCGUUGUAGUUACUCUACCCAAAACUCUGCGCUUCGAUCUCUUCUGGAUUAUUCAGGAAGCGACCUUGUAGCGUUGGUAGCUACUCAUUUGAGUAAUUGUGCUACUGUGCGGGAACUGAAUCCAUUGCAUGCCCACCUUCUAAGGACGCAUUUUUUUAUCUCCAAUCCGGCGCCGUUUAAUUGGAACAAUAUUAUAAGAUCAUACACCAGGCUAGAGGCUCCACGCGAUGCACUUCGCAUCUACGUUUUAAUGUUGCGGAAUGGGGUUUUGCCCGAUUGUUACUCCCUUCCCAUUGUUCUGAAGGCCGUCUCCCAAACUUUUGAUGUUAAGCUCGGGAAACAGCUUCACUCAGUUGGUAUCAAGAUUGGAUUGCAAUGUAACGAGUUCUGUGAAACUGGGUUUUUAAGUUUGUAUUUUAAAGCUGGCGAGUUUGGAAGUGCCCGAAUGGUGUUUGAUGAAAAUCCUGACCCGAAGCUUGGUUCUUGGAAUGCUGUAAUAGGUGGGCUUUCGCAGGCUGGCCUUGUCCGGGAUGCGAUUGGCGUGUUCCUUGAUAUGAAGAGGCGGGGAUUUGCGCCGGAUGGGUUGACCAUGGUUAAUGUGACUUCGGCUUGUGGGAAGAUUGGUGACCUCAACCUGGCUCUCCAGGUGCAUAAAUGUGUUUUCCAGGCUGAAGCUGGUGAGAGGACUGAUGUUUUGAUGUUGAAUUCGCUGAUUGAUAUGUAUGGGAAGUGUGGGCGGCUGGACCUGGCUUACAAGGUUUUUGCAACUAUGGAGGAAAGAAAUGUGUCGUCGUGGACGUCCAUGAUCGUGGUGUAUGGUAUGCAUGGACAUGUGAGGGAAGCGCUGGAAUGCUUCUGUCAUAUGAGGGAGGCUGGGGUGAGGCCAAAUUAUGUGACUUUUAUUGGAGUGCUUAGUGCCUGUGUGCACGGUGGGGCAGUUCGAGAAGGGAGAUUUUAUUUUGAUAUGAUGAAGAAUGUUUAUGGCAUAGCACCCCAAUUGCAGCAUUAUGGAUGCAUGGUAGACCUUCUGGGUCGAGCUGGAUUGCUUGAGGAUGCCAGAAGAAUGGUGGAGGAGAUGCCUAUGAAGCCAAACUCGGUAGUGUGGGGGUGUUUGAUGGGUGCGUGUGAAAAAUAUGGGAAUGUGGACAUGGCGGAGUGGGUGGCUAAGCAUUUGCAAGAAUUGGAACCUUGGAGUGAUGGGGUUUACGUGGUGUUGUCUAAUAUCUAUGCCAAUAGAGGAUUGUGGAAGGAGGUGGAGAGAAUAAGAUCGGUAAUGGAAGAAGGAAGACUUGCUAAGGUUCCUGCUUAUAGCCUGACAACUAAUUCAAAUUGAAGAUAAUUUAUUUAAGCAUCAGUAAUUUACACUAAAUUAUAGUUUUGCCUGUAUUGACCAUGACUUGCAAAUUGAUGUUUUGAUUUUUCGAUAAUGUAUACUCCAUAAACAGAAGAUGUUUCCAUAACCAUUAUUUUUGUGUUAAUGAAUGGGCAAGUUGGUUAGGGGAAGACCCAAGUAGGUAUGGAUAGCUCACUAGAGAGUAGAGAAAUUUUGAUCUGUAAA